AUGAGGAUUUUAAUAUGCAUCAUUUUUCUAGGAUUUUUAAAACAAGGAUAUGAAGCUGAUUCUUCAAAGAGCAGCAGUGAAGAAGACAAAGAUGAGACCAUCUCUGUAACAAAAACAACAAUAAAGACAACAACUAAAAGCAUAACAAAAGAAGCCAUAGCUUCAACACUUUCUCCAGAGACUGAACCAACAAUUAAAACCACACAAAGCACUAGUAUUAAGCCUUCGACAGCAUCACCUAUAGUUAUUAUUAAAACAAGUGUUCCUUCCACUUUAUCAACAGGUACAACUGUCAAGAAUGGUGAAAGAGCAAACGACUCCUCUUCAGGCCAAAUUGAGCCUUUUACUACAUUACCUGAGGCUGUAAUAGAAACAAGGAGUACUUCUUCAAUUUCACCAACCAGUACAACAGACAAGGAUAACAAAAAGGCAAGAGAUUCCUCUUCAUAUCACUCCAGUGAAGAAAAUGACAGUGACACUUCUCAUAAUGAUGGGGACAAACCUGAUGUUCAUGCCAGUAAUGUCACAAAAGAGGCAGGGAGAGAAGUGGACAAUAUGAAAGCUGUGAUUAUUGGUAUUAUUGUUGCAGUAGUUUUGUUGACACUGAUGCUGCUAGCAACAUUGCUGUUCAAAUGCUACAGAUAUAAAAGAGAGAAGAGGGUUGAGGUAUAUGAGACCAUAACAAAGCCAGUAGUCCAAGCCCAGGAGGUACACCACCAUUACAACUACCCAAACAACAACCCUGCAUUUGAGUCAUAUUAUGUUGAGCCCAUAUCAGGCCCUAAUAUUCACAUGAGGAGUAAACCAACAAAAGACAGUGACAAUGAGACAUAUAUUGAUAUUGAUAGAGGUUCUUCUUUGGUAGAUAGUGGAUAUGAUACAUGGAUGCCAGGCGGGUCUGGAAUAUCUCAGGAAGAGCCAAGUCCAGAGUAUUUAGAAGUUAUAAAUGAUUAACUGAAUGACAAGGUUAAUAGUGAUGAGGAGUUCGCAAAAGACAAGGGUAUAUUUAUGUAUCGAGGCUGGAUCUAAAGAGUAUGUGACCAAUAAUUGAUUAAACAUGAUAAAACGAGGGGUCGUGGGUUCAAUCCCCACUGCGGUGGACUGACUUUUUCACAUCAGCCCUUAGCACAGGAUUUCAUUCUGUGUUUUCAUUAACUAAAACUAUUUCUCCUUAGGGACAAUGGCCCAUGGGAAAGUCCACGUGAUAUCACAAAGAGAAUGAUUGACAUCCUGGAAAGACAGGUAAUUUAUAUUGGUCAUGUAAGACAUGGCUGCAAUGCUAUAUAU